CACACACACACACAAACACUCCCCUCUCUCCUCUCUUUUCCUCUCUCUUUCACUCUUCUCCUUCUCUCUCACUCAAUCUCUGCCCUCGAUUUUCCCUUUCCAAAUCUGCCCUCCGAAUCUCUUACUUUUUACCGGAAAGUGGAAAGCUUUGCCAUUGCUGCUGCGUCGGGAACUCCGGUGAGCCUGUCGCCGGAAUCUCACCCAAGAUGGACGCCGGGGUGACGUCAUUCAGGUCGAUACUCGACAAACCCCUCAACCAACUCACCGAAGAAGACAUUUCUCAGCUCACCCGUGAAGAUUGCCGCAAAUUCCUCAAAGAAAAAGGAAUGCGUAGACCAUCUUGGAACAAAUCGCAGGCGAUCCAGCAAGUUAUUUCCCUUAAGGCUCUCCUCGAAACCACCGAUGAUUCCGGUGCCGGAGCUCUUCGUAAGAUCCUCGUUUCUCCCCCAGAAACGACUCCUCGCGUGAGUACAUACGUAACUUCAUCUCCAGUUGAUUCAGUGAAGGAGUUGGGUGCUGGAGCCCAAAUUUCCCCGCCUGCGGACGAGAAUGGUCCUUACCGGCGAAAAAGUCCUCAGAAAUCUGCAGAGUUGGGUUGCAGGCCAGUAGGUGAAGCAGAUACCAAAACCUCAUCUCCCAGAAGUCCAGGAGAAGCAAAUGCGCUGGUUGGGCAGAUGACCAUUUUUUACUGUGGCAAGGUGAAUGUGUAUGAUGGAGUGCCCCCUGAUAAGGCACAAGCAAUCAUGCACCUUGCCGCAAGUCCGCUAGAUUUCCCUCAAGAUGACGCCAUUGGUGGGAAUACAGUACCUAGGUCCUUUCCGUGCCAUUUGCAGAUGAGUGACAAACACGCCUUUGUUCCUCCCAGUGCAGUUAUCUCUCAGACAAUGCAAACAGAGAAGGUUCUGGAAUACCCUCAGCAACACCGGGAGAAGGGAAAUAACACUCGUGAGCCUGAUUUAGAAGGUCAAGCAAACAGAAAGGUGUUAUUGCAGAGAUACCUCGAAAAGCGGAAGGACAGGGGGAGAUUUUUUAAGGUUAAAAAGAGUACAGGAGUAACUUCCUCCGGGUUGGAGAUGUAUUUGAGUCAUCAAGUGAGGCCAAAUACCUCAACUGGACAAUCAAGUGGGAGUGGCACAAACUCUCCACCCCAACCUGGAUUGCCACACAUCUCACAUAGCUCAGCUGACAACCAGAUAAAACAUGGCAGCUUGUCUGUUGAUCUUAACGACGAAGGUACAAUAAAUCUAAAAUAAUGACUAUCAAGAUGCUUUAAUGAUCGAGUAGGGUACUGGAAUUGACUAGAGAGCUUGCUGUUACAAACCAUCCAAGUACGGAACUUAACAGAAGGAUAUAGAAGUUAUGCCUUCCUGGUGAAUUGAUUGGGCUGCUCUAUGACAUAUAAGCUCUGGUUGGGGAUCCUUAUGAGAUAACUCACUUUCUGAGUGGUGUGAGUAUUUGGCACUCACCAAAUUUUGCAACUUUGUGUAGUGUAGUGCCAUCCACGGGAAUUUUUUGGUUCUGACAUUAAGAGUUUUUGGCACGAGAUAAAGAGGCGAAUGGAGACAUUUUCUACGUGUAACAUGUAAAUGUAGUAUUGCCUUUAGCUAUAUGCUAUUUUAGGUCAUGAUGGAAGCUGAAGCAGUUAUGUUCUUGUGAUGGGUUGAGAAUAUAACAUGAGUUCUCCCCCUACAUAACUUGAAUGUGUUGCAGUAUUGGGAACCAAUGGAUCUGAUUUGGUGUUGGUUACCUAAUUUACGAACAACAGAAGGAUGGUAAGAUGAUAAUUAAUGAAAA